AUGGGCCGGCCUUCACGAACAUGGCGCCAAGUCCAGUCAACAAUGGACAACGUCUCGUCUCCUGAGUGGGCCUCACGUCCGAAACUCGAAAGGCUUACCAGGAGCCAUGUAGCCAAAAGAGCCAGCCACAACGGACAUUGUGUUUGGCUCUCCUUCCUUCACCAGAAUUCUUGCCAGGCCGAAAUCAGCAAUCUUUGCGUUGAACAUGGAAUCCAACAGCACAUUGCUCGACUUCACGUCUCGGUGGAUAAUUGGGGGCGAGCAGUGGUGGUGCAUGUAGCAGAGCCCAUGAGCAACCCCAAUUGCUAUGUGCAGCCUCUUGGGCCAGUCCAAGCCCACACUGUACUGGGGAGCCAGGCCCAGCCCACCUUGCCGUCUCCUUUUCCCAUGCAGCCAUCUGUCCAGACUGUAAUUCUCCAUGUACUCGUACACGAGAAGCUUACAGGCUUCGCUCGAGAUGCAACACAGGAGCUUCACAAUGUUCGAGUGGCGAAUAGUCCCCAGUAUCCGCAUUUCUGCAUGGAAUUCCUUAUCGAACUUCUUAUUUGGUCUCACGCUUUCCCAAAUCCUCUUCACGGCCACGUACUUGCCUGGACUAUAAUUGAUCGGGACACGGUAAACUUGUCCAGACCCUCCUUGCCCGAUUUGGUUUUCCUCUGUCAUGCUUGA